CCCUAAAAGUGUUCAUGGUCCCCCUAGGCACAGGGCAGGGUGAGGGCAGCACAGACAGAUGUCACAGCAGUGGCAGAGCAAAAGAUAGACCCAAAUCCCUGGGCUUACUGGAGAGCCAGGGCAGAGCUGGGCAAUCUUGAAUACAGGAGCAAAUUGCCCAGUAAAGCAAAUUGUGGACAGCUCCAUGGAGUUCUUCACAGAUAGAGAUUUCUCCUCCCAGCCUCUGAGAAUGGAAAUUUCCCCAUGAUGUAUUUUGUUCCACUUCUUACCCCUUCCCUGGUCCCCUCAAAGAAGACCCCAGCUUUGGCAUUGCUCCAAUGAGUUACAAAAAUCAGUGGCAUCCCCUUUGCCUUCCCUUCCCAAGACCACAGUCCCAGCACUCACAUGUUCUUCUUGGUCCCUCCAGGUCCUCAGCAUCUCAAAGGUCUCUACUGAAGUGCAUCCAGAGAAGGGCAGGUUUCAGAAGGGCUACCCCCAAACCCUCCCACUGCUUCCCAUUGCCUGCUACUGCCUCCCGCUCCAUUCCACUGCCUUGCCAUUGCUUCCCACUGUCCUCCAGAUGGCCAAAUGGGCACAUCUUGACACAGCCAUUCCCUGGGACAGCACUGGAGGUGCACAGUGGUGCUGGUGGAGCACAGUGUUAUAAAGCCACCGUCCAUCAUCUCUGCAAGAGCAAGGGAAGUUCUUCACCAGUGGAGAAAGGGAAAAAAAUCAAAGCCAGUUUCAAAGGGGAGAGGAAGGAGGUUUAGACGGCUAAAGAUUGAUAAAGAAAAUGGAGCAUGUCUGCCCAGGCAUGCAGGGGCCCAGACUAGGGAGGACAUGCAGGGGAAAGGCCGUGGGAUUUAUUGGGUGACUGCCCAGUGUACCUCCUAAUGCUAGGAAGAGCUAGCCUGGAGAAAAAGGAGAGCAAUGGGUCAUAACCCUUCUGUGUCUGGGAUGUGGCUUUCCAUAUACUUGCUGGCAGAGUAGAGAGAUGUGGCCAUGGUGAGAGGAGAAGUGAAAGCUCAUGCUGCAAUGUGGAAGUCCCUUUUAGGUGUUAGGGCAGUGAUGCUCAGAUCCUGAAGCAGACCACUAAGAAGAGGGAAUCUCCACCCUGGAUGGAGUCAGCAGCAGGGCUACCUGUUCCCAGUUGGAAUCCAGACCUGCUCUCCCCUGCCCUAGGGAAUUUGAUGAAUUCUCUGUAGGCUGAGUCCUACAACUGUGCCCCAUGCUCCAGCCCCGAGCUGCACCGCCCCUAUGCCAUCCCAGGGGACACUGAGCAGUUUCGGUGCGUUGAGGGGAAAAAGAUGAUGAUGCCUGGCCAAUGGCAGGGCGCCGGUGCUGUGGCCGUCCUUUCCCCUCCGCUGCACCUCAGCACACUUCUGCUUCUGCAGAAACCAGCUGCAUUUUCCCUUUGAAGCGGGGCAGAGUGUGCAGGGGCAUCGGGCCGCCCGGGGCAUGGCCCAGAGCGUGGUCUAUGCCGACCUGAAGUUUGCCGCGGGCCCCUCACCCACCGUCCCCGACGACGAUGACAGUCCCUACGAGAACGUGCCGCUGGGGCCGGUGACGGCAGCGCCCAGCCCAGGGCGCUGGACCCGGCGAUGGCGCGACCCCACAGCGCUGCUGGCAGCCAGCCUGCUCCUGCUGCUGCUGCUGCUGGUGGCCGUCGUGGCCCUGGGCGCUUGCUACUGGCAGGUUUCCCGCAGCCUGCAGGACGCCUCCCGGCAGCACACGACCGAGCAGGGCCGCCUGUCACAGGCACUGAGGUCACAGGAGCAGAGCCGGGAGCAGACACAACUGGAGCUGUCACGGGCCAGAGGAGAGCUGCAGCGACUAUGGCAUGAGUACAACAUCACCCAGAUGGAGCUGGAAAAAAGGAAUUCUGAGCUGAAAAGAAGGAAUUCUGAGCUGGGGCAUACCCUGGAGGAGCUGGCUGUGCUGCAGGAGGAGAUGCAGGUGGUACAGGGGAGGCUCAACACCAGCGAGAGCACUGUGAGCAGCCUGCGUGCAUGUGUGAACACAGAUUGCUGCCCUGCAGGCUGGGUACUCUACAAGAGCAAGUGUCUCUACAUCUCGGUGACAAAAAAGACCUGGCAGCAGAGCUGGGAAAACUGCGAAAAUCAAUCUGCUGAUCUGCUGGUCCAAGACAAGUGGCCACCAUUGACAGUGCCGCAUUUUGUGCAUGAGUCUAAUGCAACGUACUGGAUUGGACGAAGAUUUUCUUAUGGGCACUGGAGACCUGUAAGGACAGACGGCAAAUACCACUGGAAAUACUAUAAUUCAGAGUGCUGGUCAGUAGUUAACUGGGAAAUGUGGAGUCUUUCUUGUGACAAUACCUUCCGGUGGAUCUGCGAGAAAUCCCCAGACCUGAGCAGUGCAUCUGAGACCCGACCUCCUUUUCUGGCCAAGGACUGACUGCUGCCACUUCGCUCCAUCACUGGAUUUGGGAGCAGGAGCUGUCCUGAGACAUGAGAUCCUGUCCCCUGAGCACAUUUUGUGUCAAUUGCAUUGCAAAACUGCUGGGGAAAAGUGUCUCUAUUUUCAAGCAAGGAUUUUGGAAAAUAGACCUUAUUCCCGUCUCCCACACUCAUGCGUACACAUAUUAUACUGCUUUGUACUGUGUCACUGCAUGUCCCCGUGGCCAGUGCAGCUCUGAUCCAGGUCUCCAGUGCAGAGCCCAGCUACCACCUUCUUUGUUACCCCAAGGCUGCCCCUUUGUCACCCAAGGGAAGCAGAAUCUGUCAUUUGCAUCUUUUUAGAGCUGGGGGAUGAUACACUGAUGUCCUCAACCAAUCCGUUUUGGGCACACUUACAGAUUUACAGCCUGUCCCUUCUCUUAGCAUUGACAGCUCUUGUCCUGCCCUUACUUCUGCCUUUAUCACCUGCCCAGGGCUUUGGGCUGGGUCCUGCCUGGAAAGGAUGCUGACAGUGGUGCUAUCACCAUGAGAAAAAUGCCCUGAGACCAUAUAGGAAGUAGGGGAGUGCUGGGGAGCCUUGAGAACAUGGUGGAUGAAUGAGGAAACUCUGAAACCAUGGGAGGAAAACAAGGGCAAUGAAGAGCCCUAAGACCAUGGGAAGUGAAUGUGGGAAUCCUGAGACCAUGGAAAGAAGGGAGGUGCAGUGGAACUGCAAAUGAGGGUGGUCCUGAAAAAACUGAGGUGACAAGACAGUGGGAGAGAGGAAGGAGCACUGGGGAUACUUGGGAAUAUGGGGAAAAGGGGAGACCCCCUGCCAGCAAGGGGGAAAGAUCCCUAAGAAUGGGUAGGACCUUAUCUGCCAAAGGAGGGUGAUGAGACACCCUAGUCCAGGACCCAGAUGGGAUGUGGGGAGAAGUCCAGAAGCAGUGCUGGCCAUCCCAGUGGCCUACAAUGGAGCAAUUGCAGCACUGGACAAGGGGAGGGCUACACAUGUUUUCUGUCUGGACGUCUAUAAAGCCUCCAAUACAGUCUCUCUCUAAAUCUGAGAGAAAUUGAUCCAGUGGGUGAACUGCUCAGUGGGUAAGGUUGGACAGCUGCAUCCAGUGGUCAAGGGCUCAGUGUCCUGAUGUGGACACUGGUGAUAAUGUUGGUGCUCAGGGAUCCACCUUGGGACCAAUGUUAUUUAGUACUUUUGUCAACAACGUGAGCAGUGGGAUCAACUGCACCCUCACCAAGUUUGCAGGCAACACCAAGCUGAGGUGUGAGGACACACCUGAAGGACAGGAUGCCAUCCAGAGGGACCUGGAAAACCUUGGGGGAUAUGAUAAAUGUCCCCCAUUGCUCUCCCCUUAUCCAUAGCCCAUUGUUCCCACAGCAGCAGGCAGGUCAUACAGGUAUCACCUGCCCUUGGUAAAUCCUGCCCAUCUUUCCCCAUCCAUACUGGAUGGUCACAUGCCCAGGAGGUGUGCUACAUCUUCUUCCUGGUAUCAAGGUGGGACAACAAAGCUCAGCUUGAGAAAGGUGAUGCAGGUACAAGAAAGGGCAAGACAGGAGCCAGCAGAAGAAUUGUGGCAGAGGCAAGGGGCAUCCAGGAAAACUAACAGAAUCCUCAAAGGGACACCAGAGACACCACCUUACCUACCUUCGCCAAACCACCCUCAGGGCAAGGCAGCAGAGGUGAGCUGGAAGGCUGGCACAGACAUCCCCUUGCUGAGGAAUACCUCUGCUCCAGUGCAGUUAGAGAUGCAGAUGGAAGCACAGAUUGAGCUCUGGGUGCGAGCCCAAGGCAAGAGGCUGUGAACUGCCAACCUUUGGGAUAGCAAAGGGCAGGAAGAUGAGUGGUGCCAGACAGAUACAUGGACACAGAGACAUAGCAGGAGCUAGGAAUUGCUGACCUUUUGGAUAACAAAAGAGAGGGGUGAUGAAAGCGAGGUGGAUGGACACAGAGAUGGGGCAGGAAAAGAGAACUGAGGAGGAGGAACAAGGCUUGAGCACAAGCAAGACAUUGAGGAGAUAAAAGCCCAGGGGUUUGUUUGUUGGGCAUCCCUUCUCAGAGGAACCAUCUCGAGCUGUUUCUGUGUUACUGUGCUGUGAAUAAAUGGCUCUGUGGAACAAGA